AUGGAUACAAUUGAGAAGGAUGACGUGCAGAAUACCCAUGAACACAUUGAAGUCGAAGAGUUCAUGGACGGAGUGUCACCUACAGCACGCGGAGACAAUCUACCCAAAAAUUACUACAGAAGCCCGCAAUUUAUUGGGUCUUUCCUCUCGAUGGCCAUCUCGUUCCAAGGAGCAUUUCUUGGCUAUGUCAUGGCGGCAAAUGUUAUUACCAUUAUUAAUGAAGAUCUAGGGCCGACUCCCGGUUACAUAUGGAUCCUUCUUGUCUUUGUUCUAUGCCAGACGGUGACUUUCACUCUAGCUGGCCGAUUUGGGGACAUAUUUGGUCGUCGCUGGAUUUUCAUUGGAGCUAAUGCUCUCGCUUUCAUCGGGUAUAUCGUCAAUGGUCGAGCUAAGAAGAUUGAUACUUUGAUUGCGGGUAGCGCGAUAGCAGGUAUUGGAACAGGUAUCCAGCAGACUAUGCCUGUUAUCUUUGGUGAGAUGGUAUCAAAUCAGAAUAGGAAUACGGCACUCGGGCUCACAUUCGCACUACUGGCUCCGCUCGCUACCAUUGGGCCAGGCUUAGCCCGAGUGAUGGUGGACAAUGCCUCGUGGCGCUGGGUGUACUAUUUUAGUGCCAUGAUGUCUGGCAUAGCCGGCCUACUGCAGCUGUUUUUCUACUUCCCGCCAAAUUUCCACCAGCUACACACUACUUUAUCAAAACGCACGACUGUGAUAAACCUUGAUUUUGGAGGCGUUAUAAUAUUUACUGGCAGUGUGACGUCGAUUAUCCUCGGGAUCUCGUGGGGUGGGCAGAAAUAUCCGUGGAAUUCUGGUGAGGUACUCUCGAGUAUCGUCGUGGGAGGAAUUGGCCUUAUCAUCUUUGUAUUGUUCGAACGAUUCGCUCCAUUGAAAGAACCUUUGAUGCCCCUCUACCUAUUCCGAAACAGGAACUAUGUGGCUUUGUCGGUCGUCGCCAGUGUUGGAUCCAUGAUAUUUUACGCGCUAAAUAUUGUAUAUCCGCAACAAAUUUCCGCCGUCUAUGGGAAGUCCGUUCAAACCACCGGCUGGAUGAGUUGUACUUUAACGGCGGGGGCCAUAUUCGGCCAGUUUGUUGGAUCUCUUUCGAAAUGGACCCAAAAGUGGGUAUCCUUGAAAUGGCAGCUAGUCAUCGUCUGUGUGUUGUUUACAACAUUUACUGGCGGUAUGGGUGCUGUUACGAAGGAGAACCAGGGCCGGGCCAUCGUAUUCAGCUUAAUCUCUAGCAUCAUGAUUGGAUACAUGGAGGUGCUUACUCUAGCUGGCGCCCCUCUUAUGGUUAAGCCCGAGGAUAUUGGCUUAGCCAAUGGAGUUGAAUAUACUUUGAGAAGUAGUUGUUCGGUCCUUGCAGAUUCAGUCUUUGUGACAAUUCUACAAAAUAGAGUGGCGUCUAAUGUCAAAAAAUGGGUUGUUCCAGCCAUUCUGGAAGCAGGUCUCCCGCCAACGUCUGUCGUUGGUUUUCUAACAGCCCUUUCGGGUGGUAAUCUUCCUGCGCUCGAGAAAAUCUCCGGCGUGACGCCAGCAGUUAUAGAAGCAGCUAUCACCACUGCACUUCGCUCAUACGAGAACGCAUUUCAACUUAUCUACUUGUUGGCAGAGCGCAUGACGCCUGAUGUCGCUCGUAAGCUGCAACAUGUGGGCCAUCGCAGCAAAGAAACCACUAUAUCAGGUUGA